GGCGCGAGCGCAGCGUAACGAAACCUGGCAGCGCCACGCGCGGCUGGGGCCGGGCGGAACCGAGAACCAGACGGGCUCGCGCUGCUGCGCGCCGCCGGGAUGGAGCCCGCCGCCGGCUUCCUGUCCCCGCGCCCGUUCCCGCGUGCUGCCGCCCCGCCUGCGCCUCCCGCCGGACCGGGACCACCUCCUAGUGUCUCGCCCGGAUCCGAGCCAGAGAUGCUGGCCGGGACCCCGGCGCCGGACCCCGGGCGCCUCAUCACCGACCCGCGCAGCGGCCGUACCUACUUCAAAGGGCGCUUGCUGGGCAAGGGGGGCUUCGCCCGCUGCUACGAAGCCACCGACACGGAGACUGGCGGCGCCUACGCCGUCAAAGUCAUCCCGCAGAGCCGCGUCGCCAAGCCGCAUCAACGCGAGAAGAUCCUAAACGAGAUUGAGUUGCACCGAGACCUCCAGCACCGCCAUAUCGUUCGCUUUUCUCACCACUUCGAGGAUGCUGAUAAUAUCUACAUUUUCCUGGAGCUUUGCAGCCGAAAGUCUCUGGCCCACAUCUGGAAGGCUCGGCACACCCUGUUGGAACCAGAAGUACGCUACUACCUGCGGCAGAUCCUUUCAGGCCUCAAGUACUUGCACCAGCGGGGCAUCUUGCACCGAGACCUCAAGCUGGGAAAUUUUUUCAUCACUGAGAACAUGGAACUGAAGGUGGGGGAUUUUGGGCUGGCAGCUCGGUUAGAGCCUCCAGAGCAGAGGAAGAAGACCAUCUGUGGCACUCCCAACUACGUGGCUCCAGAAGUGCUGCUGAGACAGGGCCAUGGCCCUGAGGCAGAUGUGUGGUCACUGGGCUGCGUCAUGUACACACUGCUGUGUGGGACCCCCCCUUUUGAGACAGCUGACCUGAAGGAAACGUACCGCUGCAUCAAACAGGUUCACUACACUCUGCCUGCCAGCCUCUCGCUGCCCGCUCGGCAGCUCCUGGCUGCCAUCCUACGAGCCUCACCCCGAGACCGCCCCUCUAUUGAGCAGAUCCUGCGCCAUGAUUUCUUUACCAAGGGCUAUACCCCUGACCGGCUCCCUGUGAGCAGCUGCGUGACAGUCCCAGAUCUGACGCCUCCCAACCCAGCCAGAAGUCUCUUUGCCAAAGUUACCAAGAGCCUGUUUGGCAGGAAGAAGAACAAAAAUAAGAGCCACCCUGAGGAGCGGGACGAAGUGUCGUGUUUGGUGAGCGGCCUUAUGCGCACAUCCAUUGGCCAUCCAGAUGCCAAGCCCGAGGAUCCAGCAGCUUCUGGUCCUGCCCCUAUCAGCCUGGUAGAGACAGCAGCUGAAGACAGCUCCCCCCGGGGGACACUGGCAAGCACCGGAGAUGGGUUUGAAGAGGGUCUGACUGUGGCUACGGUGGUAGAGUCAGCCCUGUGUGCUCUGAGAAACUGUGUGGCCUUCAUGCCCCCAGCCGACCAGAACCCAGCUCCACUGGCACAGCCAGAGCCUCUCGUGUGGGUCAGUAAGUGGGUUGACUACUCCAACAAGUUUGGUUUUGGCUAUCAACUGUCCAGCCGUCGUGUAGCUGUGCUCUUCAACGACGGCACACACAUGGCCCUGUCCGCCAAUAGAAAGACUGUGCACUACAACCCUACCAGUACAAAGCACUUUUCGUUUUCUGUGGGUGCUGUGCCCCGGGCCCUGCAGCCUCAGCUGGGCAUCCUGCGGUAUUUUGCCUCCUACAUGGAACAGCACCUCAUGAAGGGUGGAGAUUUGCCCAGUGUGGAAGAGGUAGAGGUACCUGCUCCACCCUUGCUGCUGCAGUGGGUCAAGACUGAUCAAGCCCUACUCAUGAUAUUUAGCGAUGGCACUGUCCAGGUGAACUUUUACGGGGACCACACCAAGCUGAUCCUCAGUGGCUGGGAGCCCCUCCUUGUGACUUUUGUGGCCCGGAAUCGAAGUGCUUGUACUUACCUCGCCUCCCACCUCCGGCAGCUGGGCUGCUCCCCAGACCUGCGGCAGCGACUCCGCUAUGCUCUGCGCCUGCUCCGUGACCGCAGUCCCGCCUAGACCCUCACCUGCAGAGCAGGCCGGGACCCAAGCUCUCAAGACUGAGGCCUGUGCCUGCAAGACUCUGGCCCUUGCCUUUGUGGCCCUCCCUGUCCCUUUGGUGCCUCACUGGGGGCUCCUGGAUGAAUCCCCCCAGGGAAUCAGGGACCAGCUUUACUGGAGUUAGGGGCAGCCUGUCCUUUCUUACCCCUUCUCUGAGUUAAGCCUGAGCCUUAGCCCCCAGCUAGGGGGUAUUAUUUAUGGACCACUUUUAUUUAUUGACAAACAUUUAUUUAUUGGGAUGUGAGCCCCUGGGGGGCUUCCUCCGGGGAUAAUAAACCAUUUU